UUGAUUGUGUUGUAUGGUGUAUUGUAUUGUACUCUCUCUAAAUUAGUAAUUAUUAAAGAUUUCACGUGUUUACCGAAAUUUAAACUUGAUGCAACUGUUUCAUUCGAGUCUGUAUUUCUUAAAAGUCGAAAAGCAAAUCCUUUUGUGAAUGUUUUUUAGAAUAUGGUGUGUAGAUGGCUUCUCACCAAGAUCGUACUUUCGGAAUUAAUUGCGCCGGCCAAUUCAUAAGUUGUACAUAUAUUUUUAAAGUCUUGAUGCACUCAGCUGAAGGAAAUCUCAAUUGUUAUGGCUCCUGGUAACAACGAGCGGCAUCCGAGUCACACGGGAACCAUUCCGAAGACGAAAGCACGGAAUAAUUGCAAUGUUCCGCAGGAGGCUGUGACUCCCACCAGGAGGGAUAUGGCAUCCAACCUAGUCUCGACAUCCCUUGACUGGGUCCCUGUGUCGGAAUACAACUCUAGAACCAACUACAACCAAUCAAGGAAGCAAACAAAUAAUACAUCGGACCAAGAACUCAAUGACUUAGAAAAUUCGGUAUCAUUUGAAAGCGGAUUUGGAAGGUUUGUCCCGGUGAGGCCGCAGCCCCGGGCUCUGCCGCUGAACGUGCAGAACCGAGAGAACCUGUCCAAUGAGCACCAGGACGACGCCAGCUCCAUGUCGGGACACUCACUGCACCCUUAUGCGCAUCAAAUGCAGAAUGGUUUAGUCCCUCACUCCAAUCAUGCGAAUCAUGCCCCUGCAGCAGUCAUGAUUGUCAACCCCACCACACCGAAUGCGGUCACUGCGAACAUGUCUCAACCCUUUAAUGCGCCUAAUCAAAACAGAAAGAACUUGACAAACAACUUGAACCCAGCGAGAAAUUUGGACGGAAACCAUUCCAGUCACAACAACGCGUCGUCCAGAACUGGCACUAAGACCGUCAACCUCAUGAACAACAUGUAUGACCCGCAGUCCAGCAUGAACAACGUCAAUGAGAAUAACCAUGCCCACAGAGAGUCCGCCCGCGCGCUAGGCGAGGCCAUAGUGGCGGCGUGCCCAGACACGGCGGCCGUGGAGCGGCGGCUCGGACAGAUCCGCGAGUACAUCCGCGUCACGUCCUCGCUCGUGGACACCAUGAGGAACUCGGAGGAUGAGGCUUUUAUUGAGCAUACGAAAGAAGAAUAUGACGAACUGGUUGAGAUGGUAAUGAAACUGAAAGAGAGUGAGACGAAACUGGAGAAAGUAUUAAAUGAAGAGCCGGAUAACGUGGAGGUGCCUGCCGAGGAAGCUGACGUUUCGGCUGCGGCCGCGGGCGACGCUGUUGACACAGAAGUUGUCUCUGAAGUUAAAGAGGAUGAGACUGUUCCUAAACAAGAUGAAUGUACCACGCUGAAGAAAGUCACAAAUCUAGAGAAUGAACAGUUGAACAAAAGUUUACAAAGUGUAAUAAAAAAUUCGAAUGAACAUCUAAUAUCGUCGAGCGAACAAAGCGAAACUACACCAGACCUAGAAGAAAUAAAUGUUGUUCCAGAAGACACAGUGGAAAUCAAAGAGAUUGAGACCGUUCCGUGCGAGGAAAUAACACACGAUCAUCACUUGAAUGAGGUGUUACGUAAAAACAUUAUUUCGUGCGUAGAAAAAGUAGCGAUCAUAGAAGAGAUGAAAAACAAAAACUGCAGUAACACUGACCAGGACGUGGUGGUUCGUCCGGUGUCAGUUCAGAGUAACGGGUCGGCGUACAGCGAGAACGAACUGUGGCAGAAUGAGAUUAAAAACAAAAUGGAGCUGUCUCAACGCCGGUUGACCGCUUUGAAGCAACAGCAGAAGAGGCUUAUCAAGUACCAGGAGGAAGCCAAGCAACAACUUGAGGAAAUUAACCGAGAACGACAGUCCCAAGAGGGUCUGCCUUCCACUUCUCAUGACAAUUUUGGUGGCAUGCAGAAUCACCCAAUGAACGGCAACUACAAUCGCAUGUACGCUGCGAACCAGAUCGGAGUCGCCACGACACUUCCGCACUCGAACGAGAACGUCGCCAGCCGCGCCAACAGCGAGCACGGACUCAACCAGGACGAUCGCCGUGCCAACAGCGAGUACGGACUCAACCAGGACGAUCGGUUCUCGCACCGCGACGCGAACAUAGCGAGCAGCGAGGAGGCGGCUGGCGGCGCGCACAGCGACGUGGAAGACUCGCUGCUGACGGAGCGCGGGCGCGCGCUGCAGGCCAAGCUGCGCGAGCUGCAGCUCAAGAAACAGCACAUGGAGAACCUCGUGUCAGAGUUCCAGAAGCUUCAAAUGGCGACGCACCUCGGAUCCAACAACACUUAUUCCAGUUCUGGAGAAGACAGCGCUGAUGAUGAGCCGACACGCAAAUGUAACAACUCGGGAGGGAAUAUUAAAAACGAAGACCCUUUCAAACUUAUGGAAAUCAAAGCUAUUAAAACAGCAUUACAGAAAACUAAAGAUCUAAUGCGCUCGGUGGAAAACUACGAAUCGGACCAUUUGUCCGGCGCGCACGACGACUCCUUCCAGAUGCCUAGUCACUCUAAUUUAAAUGACAACAAAUCAGAAGGCGGCGGCAGCAUCGGCGGUUGGUCGAACGACGGCAGCGUGUGUCGCGUGCGCAACUCCCUGCCGCAGCGGCACAAGUUCACCAACGAGCAACACGUGCAGCACCACCUGCAGCAGCAGAUGCAGCAGCAGCACGUGCCGCAGCAGAUGAGCCACGAGUCGAAUAUAGCGUCUCUGCAAGAGUUAGCCCAAGAGCUUCGCAUGGAGACAGAGAAGAUAGUCGGCGAGCGAGCGCGCAUCAAGGACAUGCUGUCCAAUAAGGGUAAGUUUUUAUUUGUGUACAUUUUCUCUUUAAUAUUAGGCAAAAGUUUUAACGUUGCGAGGUCACGGACAAGCAGCGCUUGGGAGCUGGCCGGGCCCGCCGAGCGGCGCCAGGUGCAGCUGCGAGCGCUGCUGGCCGACAAACAACGCGAGCUGGACAAGCUGCUCAACAAGGAGAAAGUCCUAUGUGGAAAUGCAGAAGCUCAAAAAAUGAAGGCUGACUCGUGUACCGGCUCCAUCAUUACCGGUAUCAACCAGUCCUACAAUAGUGAACAAGAAGAGCCUGAUUCGCGGUCGGAGCAGAUACUAUUGGACUCUCAAAACUCCAGAGAUACCGACAACUUUAGGAUUUUUCCGCAGGGCGGGCUGAGCUCCACCACGCUGCCGUCGCGCCGCGCCAGCGCCUGCUGCAGCGACAGCGACAGCGCAUCGCGGACCAAAUCUAACCAGAGGAGUCGAGCUCGUCGAAGGCAAACACAAGAUCGAUUGUCCGAAGAUAACAAUGUACCACAGUCCAACACCUCGAGCCAUUCGAUGCGGCACGAGCCGAGGCCGGAGCCGUCAAACAUCAACAUGGUCCCGCCUAUUGCUCAAAAUGUUGACAACCCUAUCAACAUGCCGUACCCGCACAUGCCACCGCCAUAUUGGAAUAACACGAAUAAAACUAAUCAGGAUAUGCGCACGAACCAGUUCACACAGAACAGCCACUCCCAGACUAUGGAGCGGUUGAUGGGCACACCACAUAUGUCUUUCCCGCCCUCCAUGCCUUACAAUAUGAUGAUGCCUUAUGGUGGCAUGGUGGCUGGGUGCGGGUGCGGCUGCGGCGUGUGGGGCGCGUGGUGCUGGCAACAGCUGCUGCUCCAGCAGCGCGAGCUGCACGCGCUCAGGGACCACCUCUCUCUCCUUGAGGAACGUUGGCGCGUCGAGACUGCUUCACACACGCUGAACAACCAGGUGGCUCCGGGCAACCGCGCCAACAACUAUUGGGAUAACUUUAGAAGUUACUCGCGGCAGAAUCUGCUGUCGGCGAACAACAAGACCAACGCUGACGGGCACCUGGGCGGGCCGGCGACGCUGGCCGCGCCGCAGCCGCAGCCGCUCGCCUCGCGCAGCCACAACGCGCUGCGCCGCGCCCCGCCGCCGCCGCCGCUGUCGCCGCACCACAAGCGCAACGCCGCGCGCCCGCAGCCGCCCCGCGCGCCCGACGUGCUCAACCUGCACCACGAGCCCGAGCCCGCGCCCGCUCCCGCGCACGAGCCGCACGCCAACAACCUGCACGCCGCCGACAAGCGCAAGUCCUGCUCCAAGCUGCCCGCCAAGAACUCGCGCCCCGCGCCCGCCCCGAGCGCCAGCAACCUCGACUUCCGCGACAACCCCAACCUGGCCUCCGCGCGCCGAGACGUCGCCGACAAGGCCACCUCGAAACUGUUCGACCUGCUGCGCGAGAACGUCUACUCCGAGGUGACGACGCUCAUCGGCGUCAACGAAUCCCACCCGGACUUCCUCAUCCAGCUGUUCAAGGAGCUGCAGCUGAUCAGCUCGGACCCGCUGCGGCAGCGGGUGCUGCGCUCGAUCCGCGCCGUCCUGGCGCAGUACGGCGCGGCGCCGGACACCCCGCCGGCCGAGCCGCACGAGCCGCGCGAGCCGCCCCGCGAGCCCCGCGAGCCACGCGAGCCAGCGCUCGGCGACGCCGACUCGGCGCAGGCGGGGGGAUCGGCCGCCCCCCACUUCGACGACAAUAUUGUUCGCUUUCUGUUGUUAAAAAGCGAAGAAAUAUGCACCCCCGAGCUGCUAGACGCCCUCGCGACGAACGUGUUGAACGGGGGCCUCGACGGCCGCCGACCCCAGAUCUCUAAAAAGAGGCUGCUCGAGUUCCUCUCCAAGUACGAGGGCAUGAGCGUGUGCGGCGUGUCGAACGACAUCAUCGAGAGCCUGCCGCUAGUGUUGUCGGGCGGGGGAGGCGGGGGCGCGGCGGAGCCGGCGCUGCUGCAGGACGUGGCGGGCUCGCUGAACCUGUUCAGCGCGAGCGAGCCGGCGCUGCACGCGUGCCCGUACGACGUGUGGGCGGGGCACGUGCACGUGGACGUGGAGGGCGCGGAGCCGGCCGCGAGCGCGGACAAGGUGGACCUGCUGGACUGCUCGGAGAUGCACAACGGCGACCUGGCCGAGGCGGACCAGACGUGCGAGCGCGAGCGCGGGCCCGAGGCGCGCGACCGCGACCAGGACGCGCUGCCCGACGUCGUCGACACGGAAGAGGCCGCGCCCGCUGAGGCUGAUGCAGAAUGGCUCGGGCUCGAUCGCGUGCCAACAAGGCUGCAUUUGGGAGAGUCAUCUGAAAAACAGAAAGGUGAUGUUAAUAUAAUGUAAAAACGGAGCAAACACCCAAACUGCAAACCUCACGGUUCGCCUCGUGUUUGAGUGGCCCUGAAAAGAAAAGUCACAAGAUUAGAUCUUCUCUCUCCAUCUGAAACAGAAAGAUGAAACAAAUGGAAAUUAAUAAUAUUUCUUCUUUUUCAGAUUAAAUCUCGAGCAUCCCGUUGAAUUACCGAUUGCGUUUUAUCGCGUGUAACGUUAGACUUGACUCUAUCCAUUUAUUUAAUUUCAAUGAUUCUAUAAUUUUAGAAUAUGCAAGUAUUUUCAAAAGUAUUGAAUGUUUAGAACAAUAAACAAUUAUUUACAAGUAAAA